UCGCAUCAGUACUUCGUGCCAAAUCCACUUUAAAAAUAUUUAUUGUACACUGAAGGAGUAAGGCCGAUUUCCUUGUUGCUUUGUACGAGUUGCAGAACGAGAGUUUUCGGCAUAAGCUGCGUCUAAAACGAUACUUUGUUUUAAAUGGCUGAAGCGUAUUUCUCAGCCCCUGCGACAGCUGUCAUCAUGACAAACUGGCCCAUUCAUUAAAAAAAUUAUUACAACGAUGUGAGCAGCCGUUGUUCCUUUUAGCCUUGUUCUUGCACCGAUCAUAUCGACUUUUUUAAUUUCGUCUCUUGAGACGGAUUUGACCUCACUCAUAGCGAUGUCGGAAUCAGCAUUCUAUUUUAUUUGCGCUUGUUUGAUGAAGAACACGGGCAACUACGCCGACAGAUAAUGGUCUGGUAUAAUGCUGAGACCUAUAUUAUUUGCAUAAUCCCCUCCGAAUUCUCUAGUGCUCUUGGUUUCUGGAAAUACCUUCAUCAGUGCGCAGGCUUCGCACUAGCUCUUCCGAGCGUUUCUGUGUACACAUCAACAUGUGAGAAACUCUUUUGCGAGCUCGCUCUAAUUCAUUCUGCGAGAAGAAACCGAUUGCAACCGAAGAAGGUAAAAAACAAGCAUUGUCAGGGGUGCUGUAAGAAAGAAGGGCAUGAAGGAAGGUUCGGAUAAAGCUCCACAAAAUCAUAUAGCCCUGUAAAUGUUUACGUUGUCGAUCCAACUGAGCGCCGAAUCAUUGAACACGCUGGUAACAAUCGCUUCUUCCAAGGACAUGUGCCCAAUCGUAUUGGACAGCGACUUUCAAAGUGAUUUUUCGUGCGCCUUGGAAGAUGCACCUAACGAUACAAUUGCUGUUGCAGACAUUUAUCCAACAACCAUCCUCAAAAGAUUCCAUGCAGCAGGGAAGAUCCAAAAUUUAAUGCAGGAUACAAAUGAUUUGGGAGAUGACGUAAUUGAGGAGUAGUACUUAGUUUUGGUGUUGUUCGUGCACCCUGGUCAGUAGGGGGGAUUUUAGUUGGCCUCAUAGGUCUCGUGGGUCUCGCCUCCAUGGCAUGCGUGGUCGUAAGC